AUGAUUCUUAUCGUCUAUGCAUCAGCAAUUCCCAUUCAUUAUAGUAGCAGCGAACAAGAGUUGACUCGUUUCGAGCGUGAAAUCAAGGGAUCUGAUGAAUUGACAGAGACUCCAGAAACCGAUGUUGAUAGAAGAAAAAGAGAAGCUGAUGAACAUAAAGAACAUGAAGGAGAAGGAAUGGAGGGACCUCCACAAAUUGAUGUGAGAGACAAACGUCGAAUCAAACAGCCAACUGGUCCAGCAACAACGACAGCUAUCACAAUUGCUGAACAUCAUCAAACGUUAACUGAAGAGAAAAGAAGUGCCGAACAUGAGAGACAAGAAAAUCACGAGAUGAAAGGAGGACCGUCCGAGCAGGAAACGGAAGAUCACCACGUAAAGAAAAGAUCUGAUUCAUCAAAUGAAGAAGAAGAGAUCACAAAUCAUUCAAUUGGUGACUGUGAAGAGAGAAUUGAUGCUGAGACUGAUUCACAAAACAUUUCCGAACCGACAAUUGAGGAGACACAGACACAAGAGGACUCACUUCCUCCAGAAGAGUCAUUGCUCGAGAUCGAGCCGGGACGAGGCCUUGAAGCAGUAGUUCGUGUGAGAAAAGCGACUCACGGGAAGCACAAUCAACCACGAGUCAUGCAAAAGAAUAAAAGCAAUACAAUGGUCGGUGAUACGGGAACGAAUAAUGAAUCUCCACAACAACCAAUUACAAUAGAA